AUGCCCGGCAUGAGCAACCCACCUCCGCCAUCCACAGCUCCCACAAAGGAACCUACCUUCACCCCAAUCCACGCCGCCAAACCCUUCCAAUCCACCCUCCGCUACCCAUCAUCCCGCAAAACAAUCUACGACCGCAACCUAAACCGCACAAAAGCCACUGAGACCUCCCUUGCCUCCUUCUCAUACCUCUUCAAUACGCUCAUCACAUACCACCACUCCAAGUCUGGCAGCGUUAGCGAAAUCGAGACACGUCUCAACCGUGCUGCAUACCCCAUUGGGAUAAAGCUGCUCGACUUGCUGUUGUAUCGACAGUCCCCCCGCUCAGCGCAGAGGCCAACAAGGAUAUUGGAUCUACUCCAAUUUGUGCAUGGGACCUUAUGGAGGGCCCUGUUCAACCGCCCUGCGGACGCGUUGGAGCAGAGUAACAGCAAGAAGAAUGAGUAUAUGAUCGUGGACAACGAGCCGAUUGUGAAUACGUAUAUCAGUAUUCCCAAGGAGAUGAGUCAAUUGAACUGCGCUGCGUUCGUGGCUGGGAUUAUUGAGGGGAUCUGUGAUGCAGCAGGGUUCAGUACGGAGGGUGUGAGUGCCCAUUGGAGUGAGGGCGACGAGAUGUGGCCAGGAAAGACCAUUUUCUUACUGAGGUUUAAGGAGGGCGUUGUGGAAAGGGAUGAGGCCAUUAAGGCGAGCGCUGGAUGA